CUUAAACCCACGCGCAGAAAACAUAACUCUUCAUCUGCUUCCUCUUCUCUCUCAUUCUUCUGAUCUCAAUCUCCAACAACCCCAAAAACCUGAACACACCAUCUGUAUAGAUGAUGACUUUGAUUAUGCCAGACUCAACAGGCACAGUUUCCACCAUUGUCAGUUCUUCUUGGUAUAAGGAUGCAAUUCUACAAAAAUUUACCAAUACCUUCACAACACAUAAAUCCUUGGCUAGACACACGGUUGUUGGAUGCGGUUCUAAAGGAAAUUCAUUCCCACACCUUUCCGUUACAUCAUCUCCGUUUUCAAGUGGGAAUCAAGGUGGCUUGUUGCAUAGAAUUCCUUUAUUACCCAGACCACGCAAAUCUAUAAUGCCUCUGCAAGUAUCCAAGGAUAAUCCAUUCGGUUAUCGCAAUCCAAAAAUGACUGAGAAGCCAGAAUGGUGGUGGACCAUUAUUGAGCAGUUAGGAGGUUGCCUUGGUGGUUCCAUAUACUACAUUUCUACUUAGCAUACUUUGGAGUGGUGCAGAAUAAAAAAUGGCCUCAUUAUCUAAGAUUCCAUGUGGCAAUGAGCUUUUUAUUGGAACAGGCCCUGCAAGUGGUAGUUUCGUCAAGCAAUUUCAUGCCACUUAUACACUUCCAAGGUACAUGUGGAUUGUACUAUUGGGUAGCUGUGUGAUUCUUAUAUAUUUUCAUCAUGUUGGAGUGUGUAAGGUGUGCUCUUGCUGGUAAGUAUGUUAAAAUCCCUUUGAUCAGUGAUAGUGCAUUUAUCCAUAGUCUUUUUAAAAUUGGGGGAUACCAACGGCCUUUCUAGGAAGUGCUAUUUAGGUCCCAUAAAAUUUAGGAGCUUGGGAUUUGGGGUAUGCCCAACAUGGAGUCCAAUGUUGCCCGGAAGAGGAGGAAAAGAAAGAGUGUUGAAAUUUGUCUUUCCCUUUUCAUGAUGGUUAUUUCUUGAGUUGAAAAUUUUGAUGAACAAUAAACUAAUUUUUUUGAUGGUACAAUGUAUAAAAUGUCUUGCAACUACGAGAACUUCUAAAUCUGUGAUUAGUGAGAAUGGAUUACCAAACAAAAAUGAACUUUGUAAGCUUAA